UCUUGGUUUUCGUUUCGAGCGUUGAACUGUGUUCGGUGGUUUACGUGCGUUCUUUGUCGGCAUAUUUGAUGUUUCGCGUAAAUAUUAGAAACUUUCAACCGAUUUCAAAUACAACAUAUCAGCCGCAGUUGCGUAUGCGCAUACCAGUAAAUAGUCUGCCGAUGUGAUUUUCUAAUUGUAUCACCAAUAGCAAUUGAACCGGAUUCCGUAUUUGUAUUCUAUUACCUUCGAAUUGGAGCGGCUUCAAUACAUUCAAGAGUGCCAUGGAACUGGUAGCGCUGGUGAAGGAAGGCUUCCAGAAUGUCGCGGAGCAUGCAGCCAGUUACAAGUUCGGACAGACGGUGCUCCGGCAUGUAGACAAGGCGCUCUGGGUCCUGGAGAAAUGUGCACGCUGGGCCGUGCCACCGCCAUUGGAGCCAGAAGAAAGGCCUCAACCAGAGCUCGUCCGCCCCCUGCCCUGGGUCUUCUUCCUAAUGAUGCUGGUAGCCCUAAGGAUCACUCGGGAGUCCAUAUCACUCAUAAACUUGGUACUGGGCAAGCCACCAUUGCGGUCAGCUGAUGUGGUGACAUACAUACAAGGCAAACGUCGCUAUCUACGCACGUUGAAGUACCAGGGCAACAGAAUGAUGAGGGCUCGCACGGGUUCGACCACUGAACCAUGGUACAGCGGGCUGAGGUCGUUGUUUGAAUUUACCAUGUGCUUUAGAAGACAGUCGGUGCACUAUGGCAACAAUAAUACUACUAGAGUUAGCAACAAUGAUGAAGUUUUGGUAGUAAAACGCACCAAGCGUCCCCGUCAGGAGGAAAGCCCCGCGUCAACCAGCGAGGCAACCAUGGAGCGACUCAUAGAGAAAAUGAUGGUCGAUUUGGACGCUGACUCUGAUGAAGACUCCAGCUAUACGCUCACAAACGCCACAAGCCUGAAAAGCGACAGAUCGGACAUGGCCGAAUCCGACCAAGAGCCCAUCCCGAGCGAGGAACCCGUCCAACCGACCAAAUCAGAAAUCGAAGCGCCCGCAAAACACCCGAGCCCCAAAACGUUUCAGAAAACCCGGCCGACCAACCAGAGACGGAUAACCAACCCAAAGACGAUCAAUCCAACCAAUCACAAGCCGAGGAGGCCACCGAAGAAUUCAAACCGGCCCAAAAUUGCGAAGACAAACUACUAAACGCAGAACAACCCUCCCCUUUGGUCGACUCGCAAACAUUCCUCCAAACUGAGAAGCAACGAUACCAGAGGUCGCCAAAGAAGGACCAUAAAAUGGCGAACGGCCGGACGGUUAAGAGUACCUCCCAAAGAAACCUAGGAGGUGGUAAGCGAGACGCGGCGGUAACCAGGGCUUCUUCGGCGGAUUUCAUCGCACGUGGGAAAAAAGAUAACUACAGGCAGGCGCCGUAAACCCGUGUAAUCCUAAACAGUAACUAUAAGUGGAACAGUACUGAAGACUGUUUAUUGUUUUGCUCAUUUAGUUAAACGGUUCCUUUAGGAACUUGUUAUAUAUUAUGUUAAGGAACUCGUUUGAAUCAGCAGGUCCGAUUUUAUUAUUGAUUUUAUUAAAUUAUAUUAAGUCUUAAAUGAAAAUGCAUUAAAAUAAUUUGGCGUUAGUUCAUGAUAUCGUCGGUGAAAGUUGCAAAUUUCGUAUCUUCAGUUAUAAUAUUUCAUACAACUAGAUAUUGUCAUAUAAGAAGUUUAAAUCAGUGGGUCCCAAUUGUCCCAAAGUUGAUUGCUCUCAAAAUCGAAAUCUGCCAAUUUUGGAAUUAAUCUCUUGGAUGUUAUAACCACAAAAUUAAAAUUUUGAAAAACCCUGAACGCGACAUAAUGGUCCGAUUAUCAUGAAACUUGGCUAAGAACACUCCCGACUAACUCGGCUUUCAAACAAAAAAAAAACUAAAUCUAAAUCGGUUCAUCCGUUCGGGAGCUACGAUGCCACAGACAGACACACACACAGACAGACA